CGGGUCUUUGCGAGCUUCCGCUGGCCUCAGGUGCCCGGGAGACGUCGGGACUGACCUUGGGCCGGGUUUUGGCUGCCACUGGCCGCUCCGGACCCGCUCCCGCGGUGGGAGGGGCGGCGGAGGAGAGGUGCCGCGGCGGAGACGCGUGGGGGAGGCCCGGGAAUCUUUUCAAAGAAGAAUGGAGGAAAAUACGAAGCUGGCCACAGUGGAAGACACUGUGGAGUAUCACCUGUUCCUGAUACCAGAUGAACCAAGGGACCCAGAAAAGCACAAAGAGAUUCUUCAAAAGUAUAUUGAGAGGAUAAUGACUCAGUUUGCACCUAUGCUGGCCCCCUAUAUCUGGCAAAAUCAGCCUUUCAAUCUCAGAUAUAAACCAGGGAAAGGAAAUGUUCCUGCUCAUAUGUUUGGCGUGACAAAGUUUGGGGAUAACAUUGAGGAUGAAUGGUUUAUUGUUUAUAUAGUAAAGCAAAUUACAAAGGAAUUUCCAGAGUUAGUAGCAAGGAUUGAAGACAAUGAUGGUGAAUUCUUGUUAAUAGAAGCUGCUGACUUUCUCCCUAAAUGGUUGGAUCCUGAUAAUAGUGCCAAUAGGGUGUUUUUCCAGCGUGGAGAAUUGUGCCUUAUUCCUGCACCAAGGAAACCUGGCACAAUGUCCUGGCUACCCACCACACCCCCAACGGUCCCACAAGCAUUGAAUAUAAUCUCAACACACCCAGAAGAAAUUUUGGCUUCAGAAUCUAUACGAGCUGCAGUGAAUAGACGCAUCAGAGGAUACCCAGAAAAAAUUCAAGCCUCCCUCCAUCGUGCACACUGCUUCCUUCCAGCCAGCAUUGUAGCGUUGUUAAAGCAGCACCCCCGAUUGGUGGCUGCGGGAGUCCAGGCGUUUUACCUGCGGGACCCCAUUGACCUGCGAGCCUGCCGUGUUUUCAAGACUUUCUUGCCUGAAACACGAAUAAUGACAUCGGUCACUUUCACUAAAUGUCUGUAUGCACAGUUGGUACAACAAAGGUUUGUGCCAGACCGGCGGAGUGGAUACAAGAUGCCUCCUCCAUCUCAUCCUCAAUAUCGAGCCCAUGAAUUGGGCAUGAAGUUGGCUCACGGAUUUGAGAUCUUAUGCUCCAAAUGUAGCCCACAUUUUUCUGAAUCCAAGAAAUCCUUCAUGACUACCUCGCCACUCUGGGCUGGCUUCCUUGAAAGUCUGAAAAAGAACAAUUACUUUAAGGGACUGAUAGAAGGUUCUGCUCAGUACCAGGCAAGGCUAGAAAUGGCAAAGAACUACUUCCAACUCUCAGUAAAUCGGCCAGAAAGCUCUCUUGCUAUGAGCCCAGGUGAAGAAAUCUUAACCUUAUUACAGACCAUGCCAUUUGAUAUAGAAGAGCUUAAGAAGGAAGAAGCUAAUCUUCCCCCAGAAGAUGAUGACCAGUGGUUAGAUCUCUCACCAGAUCAACUGGACCAACUACUGCAGGAAGUUGCUGGCAAAAAAGAAGCAGAGCCCAUUUCCAAGAAGGAAGAACAGAACUAUGACUUAAAUCAAGUCUCAGAAAGUAUGAAAGCUUUCAUAUCCAAAGUCUCAACUCACAAAGGAGCAGAGCUGCCUCGAGAACCUUCUGAGGCUCCAAUCACUUUUGAUGCAGAUUCUUUUCUUAAUUAUUUUGACAAAAUUUUAGGGCCAAGUCCUCAUGAAUCAGACUCCGAUGAUCUGGAUGAGGAAGACUUUGAAUGUUUAGAUAGUGAUGAUGACUUGGAUCUUAAAACAGAGGAGGCUGGGGAAGAAGCAUCUGUAAAAGGUACUCUUAGUAAUCUCAAGUCAUACAUGGCCCAGAUGGACAGGGAAUUGGCAUAUACCAACAUUGGCAAAAGUUUCACCACCCAGAAGCAAAUGGAAUCUCUAUCCCAGACUACCAAUAAUAAUUCGGAUGAGGAAGAUUCUGGUGCAGGAGGAUCUGUUAUGACACCAGUGGAUGUAGACCUGAACCUGGUUUCAAAUAUGCUGGAAUCCUAUAGUUCCCAAGCUGGACUGGCAGGACCUGCGUCCAACCUUUUACAAAGCAUGGGAGUACAGCUGCCUGAUAACAGUGAUCACAGACCCACAAGUACAUACGAGGUUUUGAAGUCAGCAGAAGAAAGAAGAAUCAAGCCCCUAGACAGCCCCUGAGAGGAGAUACUCUGUGUUUAGAACUUUUUUUUUGUUUUUAAGAUUGAUUGAUUGAUUGAUUGAUUGAUUGAUUCAUGAGAGACACAGAGAGUGAGAGGCAGAGACACAGGCAGAGGAAGAAGCAGGCUCCACACAGGGAGCCUGAUGUGGGACUUGAUCCCGGGACUCCAGGGCUAUGCCCUGAGCCAAAGACAGGCACUCAACUGCUGAGCCACCCAGGCGUCCCAUGUGCUUAGAACUUUAAGUUUAUCUUUAUUGAGGAUUAAAGGAAGAGAAAGGAGAGUGAUAGGCAAAAGUGAGAAAUGAAUGAGUUGCUUUUUUAUUCGUUACCAGAAAUGACCUUGAGCCAGACUCACUAGUGACAAAUACAUUUAAUAUUUUACCUGUUUUUGCUCUUCUGCUUCUUGAACUGGGUGCGCUCUUUUUAUUCUUAGCACUUGACACUCAUUGCCACAUAAAUGUUGUCCAGCCAGGCAGGCCCUGUACCAAAGUUCCUUUUAUUUAUCUGCCAUUUUCAUUACCCAAGUCCUGUCCUCUUUUGCCACAGCUUUCAGAUAUCCUUGGAGUUCUUCUUAGAAGCCCUCUUCCACUCACUGCCAGGAAACAAAGUUCAAUGUCGCAGCUCUUCUAUUAGCCUCUCUCAUCUUUUCUUUUCCAAAACAACACAUUAAUCCAAAAGCAAACAGUUACUCCAUGUUAAGUUUGAGAAACUCACAACCAGGAAUCCUGCACACUCCCCUUUCUAUCAGUAUUUUCAGACUGGGGAUGUGUACACAUGUGCUCACAAACACACCCACAGAGAGACAGAAAAGAUUGGGAGAUGGUAAUACACAUGGACCCUGAACUGUUUUCUUCUAACUGCAAGAUAUGAAGAAAUCUCAGGACCUCUCUUUCGAGAGUGCUUUUCCCUUCUACAUGCUGGGUUCAGUUCAGGUCAGGGCAAGCUGCCAACCUAACAGGACAAUCAAGUCCCAUCACAUACUAUCCCUCAACAUUUCCUGAUGAAGGCACUUUGAUUUCCCCAAAGCACUGAUGAUUUGCUAGCAAUGGCAAAAACAACGAUCUUUUGGGAUCAAAGGGAAAUUCAGUGCUUCAUCUUGUCUAGUUCUAGAAUAACUUUUGCUUAGUCCUGUACACUUUGAUGUGUCUACACAUCCAAAUAAUCUUAGGAUCACUGGCACUUGUGUCUUUGCCUAAAAUCAUCCGAAGACACAACUCUUUCCCAGCCAUUCCUUUUCAAACAGACCUCUAACAAUAUUUCUUCUGCACGUUGCUUCAGUUGUUCCACACUUGAAACCUGGACUUAAAUGUUUAUCACACUAAUAGAGUCCUUUUCUCUCCACCUACCCCUUGCCCCAGAUUCUCACUUUCUACAAUUUCCUCACUUCAUAAGACAGAAAAAUACAUCUCAGCAAAGGUGUAGAAAUUUAUUUUAUUUCCUCCAGAUAAAUUCUCCCCUAUGACAAGGUAUAGAAUAACAUAUAUGAAUGAUGAGUAAUCCUAAAUUUAGUUUAUCCCGUAAAACAAGAAAAUGGUUCAUCUUCACUUAGCUGAAGUUACAACACAUAACUGGAUAUGCAAAUGGCAGUGACCAUUUUAUAUCUAGGAAAUCAGAAAAAGUGAUUAUCUUUUCCAUGGGUCACAUGCUGAGCAAGUAACAGCAAAAGACUUAGCUAUCUUAAGCCCCGCCGGGAUGCAGUUAUCUCAGCAGAAUAUCACUGCAUCUGAUUUAUUACAGAGUACUCUGAGGAAGACAUUGGCUCCCACUUCCCACUUUCUUCAUCCCUUCAGAUUACUUAAAGAAAUAUAACUUUUAUUUAAAUACCAUGUACAAAAUAAUUACCUGUACACAAGUUGUAUAAUGUUAUAUUGUGCUAUUUUUCUUAAUUCUGUGAGGAUGAAAAGUAACUCAGUAGUGGGCUGAGAUUUGCUAUGUAUCUUCAAUACUAAGAUAAAAUUAAAAUUAUACCGGGCACAUUUUGGCAGUUAGUAUAAACCCAGCAUUAACAAGAUACAUGCUGAAAGAUGUUUGCUUCCGAGGCCUCAGUAAAAAUGAGUGAACGGGGGCCUACAUCCAAACUAAUGCUUCAAUCUUCCCUCUGAUUUUGAAAAUCGUCAUCAUCAGUUUGCAUUCUGAUUGCCUAUUAAUAGGAACUUCCCUAACACUGCUAUUAGAGACAUCCCAUUGUAGGGUCACCUUUCACUCUGCCUUAGUAUGAAGUUGGCUUGGAGAUGGCCUUUGGUCACCUCCUCUUUAUCAACUGAUCUCUCUUUUGCCACUCCAGGAUA